AUGGCGAAGAAACUCGGCCACAAAGACGCUGAACAACAGUUUGAGGAUAUGCUGGAUAGAGCAAAAACUGUUUUCGUCAAGAAACUUUGGAACGGAAAGUACUUCAAUUUUGACGAAUCAUCCUCCGAUCAAAGCGUUAUAAUGGCAGAUCAAUUAUGUGGCCAAUGGUUCCAAACGCUAAUGAAUGGUGAAGAUCUCAUUUCUGAACCUCAGAUCAUGUCCACUUUGGAGACCAUCUACUCACACAACGUCAAGAUGUUUGCAUCGGGAACUAUGGGCCCUGUGAACGGAAUGUUCGAAAAUGGGAAGGUUGAUUAUUCGAGUAUGCAGAGCGAGGAAGUAUGGACAGGAACGGGAUACAGUGUUGCUUCGUUCAUGAUAGCAAAGAAACUGCGAAAUUAUGGCUUCGAUACGGCUCGAGGAGUCUACGAGAUGUGCUGGAAUCGAGCAGGACUUCAGUACCAAACCCCCGAAGCAGUAUUCGAGAGGAAGCAUUACCGGGCCAUUGGUUACAUGCGACCGUUAGCCAUCUGGGCAAUGCACCAUGUCCUCGAGAUGAAGAUACCGAUGAACCUCCUGCUCAGUUACGAGAGCUAUUUGGACCUUGCGUGUUAUCUCACUUUUUAUCUAAACACUCGUACAAAGUGCAUCAUAGUAGUUAUGUAUUAUAUUGUGUGUGUAAAGCAGACGUAUUUGACGGGAUAA